AUGGAUUCUGAAUCAAAGAACAGUUUUGUAGGAAACUUUCUUCAGCCACCAGAUAAGAUGCUUCCUGCAGCCUUUGCUUACAUAGAAUCAAAGAAGUUGGCAGCUGUUGGUAGUGACAGGCCUUCUAUCCCCAAUAACCAAGCUGUGGUGGCAGCCCUGAAAACUCUUUAUGGAAAGAUCUGCCAUCUAGAGUUGGAGAAGUUACAGGCUGAAGAUAAUCUCUGCAGCCUCUCCAUAGCAUCUGCUCAGUAUAAGGCCUUAGAGCAUGAAUCCUACAAAAAGAACACAGCACAUCAAGAACUGAUGCAACAGAGCAAAGAUGUAACUGUGCAGUUAAAUGCAGCACAAUCCCGCUGCUCCCUGCUGGAGAAACAGCUGGAUUACAUGAGGAAAAUGGUUUCCAGUGCAGAGGUGGAAAAGAAAAUGAUUUUAGAACAACAGGCCCAGCUUCAGAAAGAGGAAGAUCACAACCGGUUGGAACUGCAGGCAAAACUAGAAAAGCUUGAAAUGCUAGAAAAAGUGUGUCCUAAACUUAAUGCUACUCAGAGAAUUGCAGAAGACAAGUUCAAACACUUAGAAGAAAAACUUUGUAAAGAAGAGCAUCAGCAUAACCUAGUACAAGACAAAACUGCUCAGCUUCAAACAGGAUUUGAGAUAAAUGGAAUUUUGAUGUCUUCGAUAACAUCUCAAAAUGAACCUAAAAAGGAAAAUGGGAAGAAGAAAAAAACUAAGAAGACAAAUCCUGCAAUGAGGAAAAUACACCUUUCACAAUUACAUGUAAAGGCUGGUGAACUACCUUUUGUGGCUGGAAAGCAUCACAAUCCACAUAUCACGAACCAAGGAGGAGCCACAUCUGGGAUUUCAGGACACAGUGCACUUUCAAAAUCUGUAUCCUCUUGUUCCACAUCACCUACUGCCACCAGAAAUCUUUCAGACCUGUUGGCCAUACAAGAUGAGCUGGGCCAAAUCAGCUUGUGA